ACGUGGGGACCGGGUCUGGCUCCAGGCCUUGUGUAAGGGUCUUGCUGAGGCCUAUGUGGCUUCUCUGGGGAGGGGCUGCUCCCCUUCUCGCUUCCAUCUCUCUGCAGCCCUUGUGACAUCAUACAGGCACAGCCAAUCUCUGGGAAGUUCUUUCCCUACCUCAGGCCCCUAUACUUCUCUCUGAGCUGGCACUCAAGCACCAUGAGAUGUUGGCUGGCUUCUGGGGAGCAAGAAAUCCAUUUCUAAAUACUGGAUUUCUGACUCCUUGGUGAGCUGGAGUGUGGUUUAUAAAUACCUUGCUAUCUUUAAGGUUGGCACUGCUGAGAGAGCAGGGUGACAGAGAUGAAUUCCAGUAACACAGCCAACGUUGGAUGCCUGGAAGGGACAUGGAUGAAUCUGGAAAACAUCAUCCUCAGCAAACUGACACAAGAACAGAAAAUGAAACACCGCAUAUCCUCACUCAUAGGACACAUGGCUGAUACUCCAAAGGAGGGAAGAUUGACCCGAUUUCUGGACUUCACCCAGCUGAUAGACAUGGCAUCUGAAUCCGUAGGAGGAAAAAUCAGUUUCUCUAGCUCUGACUACAGAUGACUUUUUUCCCCUGCAGAAAACCUCAUGAAGAGUGACAGCCCGUGCUUUAAGGAACAUGAAUAUACUGAGUUUGGGAAAUGGAUGGAUAGCUGGGAGACCAGGAGAAAAAGGAUUCCAGGUCACGACAGGUGCGUCCUCAGGCUGGGGAUCCAAGGAGUCGUCUGGGGCUUCGACGUGGACGUUUCUUACUUCAUGGGAGAUUACGCUCCUCAAAUGUCGAUUCAAGCAGGAAACUUGGAAGAAGAUAAACUACCAGAAAUUCCGUAAAGAGGAAUCAGGACCGGAGCCGCAGCCACACCCGAGGAGUUUGAAGCCACUGCCGAGCUAAAAUCCGAUGACUAGAGUUACUUGGUUCCCAUGACAGAGCUUAAGCCAGGAAACCCUGCUUCCGGCUACAACAAUUUUCUUGUCAAUUCCCAGCAGAGAUGGACUCAUAUCAGACUCAACAUUUUCCUAGAUGGUGGAAUCGCAUGGCUUAGAGUAUUCGGUACUGCGAAAGACUGGACUGCAACUGACCCCAAAGAACCUGAAGACCUAGUGGCCAUCGCUUUUGGGGGUGUCUGUGUAGGAUUUAGUAAUGCUAAUUUUGGGCACCCAAACAAUAUAAUAGGAGUUGGCAGGGCAAAGUCCAUGGUGGAUGGCUGGGAAACUGCAAGAAGGCUGCACAGGCCACCGAUAUUAGAAGGAAGAAGUUAGAGGCCGGGCGCCAAUGAUGAGAAUGGCAUUUUCUUGGUUCCGGAUUGUGAAUGGGCGGUUUUCCGAUUGGCACAUCCUGGAGUGAUAAGGCAAAUUGAAAUGGACACAAAAUAUUUUAAAGGCAAUGCUCCUGACAGCUGUAAAGUGGAUGGGUGCGUCCUGACAACUCAGGAAGAAGACAUGGUCAAGAGAAAGUGGAUUCUCCCGGCCCACAAGUGGAAACCACUGCUUCCGGCGACCACGCUGUUCCCCAACGAAAGUCACCUGUUCAACAGCCUGACCCUGGAGCUCCAAGAUGUCAUCACUCAUGCCAGGCUCAUCAUUGUCCCCGACGGGGGAGUGAGCCGCCUUUGGCUCAGGGGCUUCCCCAGCUCCAUCUGCCUCCUGAUGCCCUCAAGAAAGAAGCCCAUGAUGAAGUUCUUGGUGAAAGUGGGCCUCAGAGCAAACCCUUAACACACACAAAGCCCUGGUGUCGGAUACAUGGCAGUAAUUUCCCAGUCAUAGGCGUCUUCUU